AUGUCGUUGGGUACUUUAUAUGCUGGUGAAGCCAGCAGAGUGAUUCCUGUCAGAGGUAUUGUUAAGGUCUUGGACUUGGAUGUCAAGCUCGGUGAAAGAGCUGACGAAGAGUACAAGGCCAACUUCCCAUUGGGCAAGGUGCCAGCUUUUGUUGGACCAAAGGGCUACAAAUUGACCGAGGUUAUUGCCAUUUUGUACUACCGUGAUUAUCCCUGUCUUAAAAAUUAUGUCGAGAUUACGAAUCUGAUACAUUCACCCACCAUUGGUGUGCUGAUUUCAUUGGAAAUCUUACUAACUUGUUUAGUUAUCUCUUUGAAGGAUGAGAACCACCCAUUGCUCGGUAAGACUCUUGAAGACCGUGCUCAGGUUUUGAAAUGGGUCUCCCUUGGAUCUUCCGAAUUCAUGGUGCAAGCCACAACUGCUUUCAAGCCAUUCCUCGGAAAGGCUCCAUACAACAAGAAAGUCGUUGACGAUGCUCUUGGAGCUUUGGAGAAGAUUGUUUCCACUUUGGAUGCCAGACUCGAGCACUACACCUUCUUGGUUGGUGAGAGACUUACCAUUGCCGACAUCUUCUUUGCUGCCAUGUUCUACAGACCAUUCACUAUUUUUUACGGUGACGAAUGGAGAUCCAAACACCCAUACGUUACCAGAUGGUGGAAGACUGUUACCGCCACUGAGUACUUGAACUGGUUCUUCAAGGACGUCAAGUUGACUGCCCAGCCACUUGAGGCUCCAAAGCCAGCCAAGAAGGAAAAGGCUCCAAAGGCUGCUAAGGCCGAGGCUGCUCCAAAGGCUGCUGCCGCUGCUGCUCCAAAGCCAGCCGAGGAGCCAGCUCAGGAGAAGAAGCCAAAGCACCCAUUGGAGGCUCUUGGUAAGUCUUCCCUACCACUUGACGAGUGGAAGAGAAAAUACUCCAACGAGGACACCAGAACUGGUGCUUUGCCAUACUUCUGGAACGAGUUCUGGAACCCUGAGGAAUGGUCUUUGUGGAGAGUCGCUUACAAGUACAAUGAUGAGUUGACCUUGACUUUCAUGUCUAACAACUUGGUUGGAGGUUUCUUCAACAGAUUGUCCGCUUCCACCAAAUACCUGUUUGGUUCUGCCGUUGUUUACGGAGAGAACAACAACAACGGUAUUGUUGGUGCUUUCCUUGUCAGAGGCCAGGAUGCUGUUCCAGCUUUCGAUGUUGCUCCAGAUUGGGAAUCUUACUCUUUCACCAAAUUGGACCCAUCCAAGCCAGAGGACAAGGAGUUCAUUGAGAACAUGUGGGCUUGGGACAAGCCUUACAACGGCCAAGAAAUUGUCGACGGUAAGGUGUUCAAAUAA